AUGUACGCGGGGAUUGGGAGCUCGGAGGUGGUGGAGGGAGGGGAAAACCCGGCUCGCUCCGGCCCCAGCGGGUCCGUCGGCUUCGUCAAGGUCGUUUUUAAUGAGCUCGUUUGCAACCUCAGUCCCACAGCGGAGGCUGAGGUCCCUGGGAUGGAGCACCCCGUCCCUGGGGGGCUCUGGGGGGAGAAGGAGGAGGAGGAGCAGGAGAGGGUGCUGGUGUCGGAGCACAUGUGGAGACCCUGCCCCACGGCCCGGAGAAGGCUCCGAGUGUGCUUGGAGUGGGUGAAGCAGCAGCUUUUCCGUGUCGGGGAGGAUUGGUACUUCCUCUUCAUCCUGGGAGUCCUCAUGGCCACCAUCAGCUUCAUGAUGGACCACCUCGUCUCCAGGGUCUACGCAGCCCACCGCUGGCUCUACCAAGAGGUUGGGGACAUCGGGGUGCUCAAGUACCUCUCGUGGACCCUGUACCCCACGGCUCUGGCCACCUUCUCCACUGGCUUCUCCCAGAGCAUCACCCCACACUCCGCAGGCUCUGGCAUCCCGGAGCUGAAGACCAUCCUGAUGGGUGUGGUGCUGGAGGACUACCUGGCCAUCCAGAACUUCGGAGCCAGGGUGGUGGGGCUGACCUGCACCCUGAUGUGUGGCAGCAGCCUUUUCCUUGGGAAAGUGGGUCCCUACGUCCACCUGUCCGCCGUGGCCGCGGCCUACCUGGGGAAGAUGAGGACCUCAGUCACGAGGGAGUAUGAGGUGGGGGUGCCACCUCCUAAAAAAACUAGUGGGGGGGAUUUAUUUUAA